CCCCCGACGCAGUAGCAGCAGCAGCAGCGACAGCAUCACAAUCGCCGCAAUGAUUGCCCAACGGGUCGGCGUCGCCGCCCUGCGCAGAGGCGCGACGCCCAGCGUCUUCUUCAACCAGACCAUCCCCAAGGCGGUCCUCGCCUCGAGCAUGUCGACGUCGCAGUCCCGCCCCAUCGCGACCACCAAGCUCUCCCCCUCCGAGGGCCAGCAGAUCCUCGCCAGCCAGCGCCUCCAACGCCCCGUCUCCCCCCACCUGGGCAUCUACAAGAUGGAGCAGACGUGGUUCGGCGCCUCGGCCUGGACGCGCAUCACCGGCUGCACCCUCUCCGGCGCCGCCUACCUCUACUUCACCGGCUACCUCGUCGCCCCGCUCCUCGGCCUCCACCUCGAGAGCGCCAGCCUCGCCGCCGCGUUCGGCGGCCUGCCCUGGCUCGUCAAGGGCGGCGUCAAGUUCGGCCUCGCCUUCCCCUUCGCCUUUCACUUCAUCAACGGCAUCAAGCACCUCGUCUACGACAUGGGCGUCGGCUUCGCCAAGACGAGCAUCAAGAAGGGCGAGAUCGCCCUGUGGGUCUCCAGCAUCGUGAGCGGUCUGGUCCUCGCGUUUGGCGUGUAAGACGGAGGGAAGGAGUGCGCGUGUCACGGCGCCAUGGGCGCGUUUCUACGGACCAACUGGACGGAGUUGAUAUUCGCUUAGGC